GAGGCAAUCGAUAGAUUUUAAAUGAAUAAAUGUUUCGUUUGGUUAAGAUAUUUGUUCUUACGGUAUUAUUCACUUUAAAAAGAAAUCGCGGUAGAUAAAACGUGUGUAAAUUUCUUGAACAUGCCGCUCUUUCCGGCGUACGCCAGCAAUGAACCAAAUGAGCCGCCAAAUGCAUCUGAAGCACAUCAGUCACAGCAGUUGCCUGUUCCAACUAAUGCUGCUACUGAGGAGGUUUUGCAAAACAAUCGCAGCUUUGAGCUACCCGCAUUAGUGCUAGUGCCGCCACAACCAUCUGAUUCGGAUUUCACUUCCAGUUCGGAGGAAUCAGCGGACGACGAUCAAGACAAUUUGGCUGACAAUCAAUCAUCAGGAGCUGUUGGAAAUGCUAUUGCUGCUGGUGGGGAGCAACGCAUUUUAGAGUUUGACAAAGACACCGGCUUCUAUGUGGACAAGAAACCUAACAAUGCCUACCUACGCCUGCCUACCUUGCCACGCCUCUCACGCCCCAACUAUAAGCGGAGCAAACUGCGCCUUGGCGGUGGGCCACGUCAGACAAAACAACGCGCUAAACAGCGACCCCGCUUGCGCCUUGUGGAGGAAGCAGCAAUCAAGACAAGUGAGGAGCAGUUAACCCAACUGCUGGAACGGAUUCAGGAGCUAAAAAAAUUGCUGGCCUUAGAGCCGCAAGACGAACGCAAUUGGCUGGAACUGCAUCAGCUGCUGGGCGACAGUGCGACGAAGAGCAAUCGCUUGGCAGUGGCAGAGCAACAGCUGCAUGCACUCGAGACGGCCAUGGAACAGCAUCCGGGUAAUGAGAAGCUGCUGCAAUGCUAUGUGGCCACCGCCAGCGUAACGUAUCCAGACAGUCAGGUGGCUAGCAAACUGGAGGAGCUGCUGCAGCGACAGCCACAAGAGUACACGCUGUGGACGGCGCUGAUAAUGACCACACAGGGCACCAUGGCGCGUUGCAAUGUGCCCGAUGUGCUGGCCAUUUACAGCAAGUGCAUGGAACGUCUGUUUCGGGAACGCGAUCACGACGAACGGGCGGACGAAUUGAUGCUGAAACUCUUUCACAAUUGUGUGCUGUUUCUGCGUCAAUCGGCGAACACGCCGCAAAUGUUUGCACUGCUCAAUCUGGCGCUAGAAUUGAAUGCGCCACACUUGCAAUUCGAUUGCUUGGCGGCCUCUGCACAUGAUGAGCGACCACUCGUCGACUACGAGGAGCUGGUGUUGCGCUCUGGCAUGCCAAUGCCAGAGAUUUGGACACGCAUCGAGCGACUGCGACAAGCGUACAAUUUUCUCCCCUAUCCGCAGCAGGCAAACGUUGGCAUUGCCGUUGAUCCACGGCGUUGCAUCUACACGGAGGAUGUGUGUGCGUACAUUUACCCAUUGAAGACGCAAACGUAUCGCAUGCAGCUGCUGCUGCUGGUGGUUCAGCUGACCAAGUUACCACUGCUGCGAACGCAUUGCCUGGCCGAGCGUUUGUGCACACGCAUCGAUCAAAUCGGCGACUCGGAGGCCAUUGAAAUGCUGCUCGCCGGCCUCGCGGAUCGUUGGACAUAUGCGCUGCCGCCCAAGAGCGGCGACUAUAUGGAGACCAUGAUGCAGCUGGCCAGGGAGCUGUAUGUGUGUCCCAGCUUUAUGCCGCAGGCCAUUGGACACGAGCUCUACGAGCGUUGCAUUGCCAAGCUGCUGUUGCAGUGCAGCGAAGUGUGUGCAGCAAAUGAAGCGCAGCGCCAAGUCUUCAUCAUAUUAUGGUUGCGCCUGCAACGUUUGCGGCUUCAGCUGCGCAAGCUGUGCGGCAAGUUGACGCCCCAAUUUCUGAAGGAAACCAGUGACAGUCAACGCUCGUUGCUGCGCCAACCGGCGAAUCGUCAAGUGAUCUGUUUCUACACUCAGGUUGCCAUGUUCGAGUACGAAGCACUGAGCGAGGACAAAGCAGAGGACUCAAGACCGUCGAGUGCGUUUCGUGUGCUCGACCAAGUGCUGGCUAUGGCCAAACAGACGCCACUUGAUGCGGAUCAGCUACAAGCCGCCGUUGUCUUUGCCGAGAUGUUGAUGGCCAACGAUUCGCGAGAUGCAGCGCUGAAGCUGCUCGUCCCUUUGGCCAGCCGGGAAUUGCUCGAUGCGGAGCUUGAAAAGGUUGCCGAGCUGGCUGGUAAAACGCCAGCGGAUCCGUUGCCCUUGGAGCAGUAUUUUUUGCCCAACAUGUUGACUCUGUUGUUGCGUGCACUCUGCCUGCAACUGUAUCUGCAACACAACAGCAGCAAAGUCGAAGCGCUGGCGCUGCUGGAGGCAACGUUACAGCAUCGGCUCUUUCAACUGCCCCAAAUGGAGGCGACCCGAGUGCGCUUUCUGCGCGAACAAAUCUGCGAGUUGCAGUUGCUGAUGCUGCAGCUGCCACGGCAUUGUGCGCUCAGUGAAUUGCUGCCACACUUGCAACAUGGCCUGCAAGAGUUUCCGCGCAAUCAAACGCUGCUCCAGCUGUGCUCCACGCUGGACACCACACAGUGGAUCGAUGUGCGUUGUCGCUUGAAGCAGACCAAAGCGGGCAUUCUGGCAUUGCUUCACAUGAUUAUUGCUGCACGUUGCCGAUUUCUGCGGCAUCAAAAGUCCCAUGAGUUGGCCGCAACGUUUAGUUAUCAAACUGCAGCAUUGGAUGCAAAACUUCAGGAGGAUUAUUUGCGCAAUCGGCUGCUGAGCAUCUUUGAAUCGUUUCUACCCACGAACACACGUCGCACCAAGCUGGAGGCCGAGCAAUAUGCCGUGUUGCGACGCAACUCCUUGUAUUGGCGCUGCUAUUUACGCUGCCUGAGCAAUGAACGCACCAGUUUUGAGCAGAGCAAGACGUGUCUGUUGAUGGCCCUGGAUGAGUGUCCCUGGGAUAAGGCUUUGUAUAUGGAUGGCGUUACUUAUGUGCCACAGGAGUUUUCCAAUCUGCAGGAUGUGAUGGCGGAGAAGCAGAUUUGCACUUUCGCCAUUCCCGAGGAGCUCAACGUGCUGCGCGAGGCCUGAAUUCAAUUCGUUUUAGGUUUUCAAUCCCUCUACUCUGCAGGCAAUAAAAACAACCAGUGUGAUAUGCGUACGCUUUUGCGUAUGUAAAACCAAUUUUAUUUUAUGAUUAAUGGUAGAACUUACUAUUAAUCUGUAAUUCGAAAAUAAAGAAAUGUGCAGUGCA